AUGGGUACUUUCGCAGUAUCAAACGAGGUUCUAGUAAGCGAAGUGAGACAACCAGCCCCUAUCAGAGGAGAAAGCAUGGAGACAAUAAUCAUCCAAAAUCUCACGGCAAACAGACCGCUUGAUCCACACGCCCCGUUACCACCUGACCGUAGAGAAUCACAACACAUCACGGUGGACCAACCUGAUUCGAUUCGGCACAUAUCUGACCCAAAUCGCUACCUCAUCAACAGGGACAAUCCAAUUGGUGGACAUGCCAUUGAAAUAUCAGAUAUUGAGGCAGAUUCUUAUUAUGAUGAUAGGACGCGAUCCCAUAUUGCAGCAGCUCUUGUCCUCCUGGAGCGGAGAGAUUCUAAGAAGCCGGUAUUCAGGAAAAGAAUUGUGCAAAUAUCGCAAAUGUUGAGGGAGCUAGUCUUACGAAUGAUGGAAAACCGCCAGGUCCGUUUGUCCAACCUCGCAACUUUGAUGCACAGCCAUGCGGUACGAUUGGACGAAAGCUCUGGCGCUCAUGUCUCGGCAAAUGAAGUUGAUUGGGCCGCAAGACCAGAUGGUGAAGCGCCGCUCGUUUCUCAAGCACUUGAUGUUCUGCUCCCUACUUUAGAGAGACAGAAUCAGGUUGCCAACUUGCUGUUGGGAUCUUUGCACGACGUACUUGAUAAUAGAUACAGGACUAUUACCGGGGCCUGCUUUCUCGUGAUUCUAUUCGCCAGUCCGCCGAGCAAGAAGGGGCAACUUGUCUGA